GAACGACCUAGUUCACUGUUCACUCUCUCUAAACUUUAUUUUUAUUUUUUCUGGGUUUUAUGCUUUCGAAAUUUCUUAACCAGUCAAGCUUUUUUCCUGAAAGCAUGAGGAACACUGAAAGCAGUUUUCGAAAUCGUGAUUUGAAGUUUUUAUCUUGAUUUUUAGCACUAAUACAUUCGUUUUGAAUUGUUUGAUUCAAGUUCUUGUGAUUUUUGAAAGAAGAUUUUGUUUUUCUGCCCCUUUCUAAUCUGCUUCGAGCUCAAUAAUGGAGAUAUGGUGAAUAUUUCGUCCCUCUAGAAUCCCUUAAGAAGAAAUGUUGAAAGAGAUUUUUCUUGCCCUGGAUUUAAAGACGAGGUUAAUUUCUGGGGAAAGCGGCCUCUACUUUUAGUAAAUUAUAAAAGAAUAUCUUCUCAAUGCAAUCCCAUGCAUUCCUCAUCAAUGGUCCUUCUGAAACUCGUUGAUGUUUGCUGUUGCGGUGACCAAUGGAGGUGUGGGUGAGAAAGGUUUGGCAGAUGGAAAGAACAAUAUGUGUUGUGAGCAGAAGGAAGAUAGGAAUGGAAUGAUGGGUGAUGGACAGGGGUUAGGCUCAUCUGAGGAAGAUGAUACUAGGGUUGAUGAUGCACCUGCAGUAGUAAACAAUGGGCCUGGAGGAUCAGUUCAAGUCCAUGAUGGUUGCCAGAUAGCGCAACAACAAUCUCAAAAUUCUGUCAUACGCUGGGAGAGGUUUCUCCCUAUUAGGUCUUUGAAAGUUCUUCUAGUGGAAAAUGAUGAUUCAACGCGUCAUGUUGUCAGUGCUCUACUACGGAAUUGCAGUUAUGAAGUUACUGCUGUUGCAAAUGGUAUUCAAGCCUGGAAAAUUCUGGAAGAUCUAAAUAAUCAUAUUGAUCUCAUCCUAACAGAGGUAGUCAUGCCUAUCUUAUCUGGAAUUGGCCUUUUAUGUAAGAUUAUGAGCCACAAAACUCUCAAGAAUAUUCCAGUGAUAAUGAUGUCAUCCCGUGAUUCUAUGGGUAUAGUUUUUAAGUGUCUAUCAAAAGGUGCAGUUGAUUUUUUAGUGAAACCUAUUCGGAAGAAUGAACUUAAAAACCUAUGGCAACACGUUUGGAGGAGAUGCCACAGUUCUAGUGGUAGUGGAAGUGAAAGUGGGACACAAAGUAAAAAAUCCACAAAGACAAUAAGUAACGAAGAGUCUGGAAACAAUUCUGACAGCAGCAAUGAGCUUUACGACAAUGGGAGCUAUGGUCUGAGUAAUCAGGAUGGAAGUGAUAAGGGAAGUGGCACACAGAGUUCAUGGACCAAAAGGACAGCUGAAUUUGACAGCCCUCGACCAAUAUCACCGUCAUUUCAAUUAGCUGAUGCUCCUGAUAGCACUUGUGCACAGGUGAUCCAUACAAAGCCUGAAACAUUUAGUAACAGAUGGGUGCAUGUCACUGAAGCAAAAGAAUGCCAGCAAAAGGACGACAAACAUGAUGAUAUUGCAAUGGGUAAAGACCUGGAAAUUGGAGCAUCUAGCAAUCCAGGUUUACAACAUGACUGUCAAUGUGAGAAUUUCUCUCCCUACCCCAAAAGCAUAAGGCAAAGCGAAAUUUCUGAGAUGUAUGUUAAGCCACUUGAGAAUGGGAAGUCGGAACCUAACAAUGAAAAUAUAUUCACCAAGCUGAAGGACCAAACUCCAAAGACAGCUAGUACAGAUGCCAAUUCUAUCAACCCACAUGUUGAAAGCAAAAAAUUUGGUAGUUCUGGUAUUGACGUCUCUCAACUCAAAGAUAAAUCAUGCUGUGAUUCUGGAGAGUUGCCAUCUCUUGAAUUAACUUUAAAAAGGCUGAAAGGAGUGAGAGACUGUGGAAAUGCUGUGAAUGAUGAUCGCAAUGUUUUAAGACAUUCAGAUUUGUCACCAUUCUCAAAUAUUAUAUAUGUAUACAUAUUUUGCAGAUAUAAUACUGCCUCUUCUGCUAAUCAGGGUCCCAUAGGGAAUGUAGGAAGUUUUUCUCCACUUGAUAAUAGUUCAGUUGCAAUGAAGACAGAGACUAUGCAUAAUAUUCCAUUUCAUUUAACUGAUGUUCUCAAUCAGCAGUCUAAUGGUAGUAGCAACAACAAUGACAUGGCUUCCACAGCUAAAAAUGUCACCCCUAAGCCCGAAGCUUUUAAUGACAAGUCAGUGUCCACAUCAGCUUUCAAAUCAUUUCAGUCUUCUGCCUUUCAGCCUGUGCAGAAUGGUCGUAUUUGUUCUCCUCAGCAAGUGAUACCUGGUAAGGUGGAGGAUGUAGGGUCUAACACUGUUCAUGCACCAUUUAUGGAUACCAAACAGCAAGUUGAAGUCCAGCACCAGCACCAUCACCACCACCACCACCACCACCAUUAUCACCAUCAUGUCCACAAUAUUCAGCAGCAUCAAUCAUUGCCAGACCAUGAUGAUAUUUCACUGAAGAACAUGGCAGCAGUUGCUCCACAAUGUGGAUCGUCAAAUGUGCUUGGUGGGAGAACCAAAGACAAUACUGGAAACUACAGUAUGAAUGGGAGUGUCUCAGGGAGUAACCAUGGAAGUAAUGGGCAAAAUGGAAGCAGCACUGCUUUGAAUAAUGGACUGACAUACAUGGAAAGUGACAAUAGGGAAGCUGGAAAUAAUGGAGCAGGUGGCAUAAGUGGGAGAAACAGCGGGAAUGCAUUAGAUGAAGAUCGAGUUGCACAGAGAGUGGCUGCAUUGUCCAAGUUUCGCCAAAAGAGGAAAGAAAGAUGUUUUGAGAAAAGGGUCCGAUAUCAAAGCAGGAAAAAAUUGGCAGAACAGCGACCUCGUGUCAAGGGACAAUUUGUUCGACAGACGAUGUCUGAAUCAAUAUUAGGAAGAGAUUGCCAGAGCAAUGACGUCACUUCUGAAGACAACUCUUGUGACCUUGUAAGAUAGCAGCAGAACAUAUGUACAUUGCUAACCCAACCCUUGUCCCUGUAGCACAUGUGAGUUUGUAAACAUUAGACUAGAAGUAGCCGUGCACAAGGGGAAUGGGUUCCAGGUUUGUACUAGAGGAGAUUUUCAGGUAGGGGUCUUUACCUUACACAAGAAACAUUUGUUUUAUUAUGGUUAUGAUACUUCAAAAGAUACUUUGUUCGCCUGUUUUGUGCUUGUAAACUACCAUGAAUUUGUAAACUUCCCAGAAAUGGGGUGACUUCUGAACAAAAACUCUCAUGUUGGUUGCGUCGUCAAUUCGUUUCUCUGUCUAGUAAAUGAAAUGGAUUGAGAUUCUCUCAA